AUGUUUUGUCUCAUGUUCAGGAGCUAUGGAGUCUACUUACUGGGAAAAUAUGGGCAGAAGAAAAUCAGAGAAAUCCAAGAACGAGAGGCAGCUGAAUACAUCGCCCAAGCCCGAAGGCAGUAUCAUUUUGAAAGUAAUCAGAGGACGUGCAAUAUGACAGUGCUGUCAAUGCUUCCAACAUUGAGGGAUGCCUUAAUGCAUCAAUUAAAUUCUGAAAGUCUCACGUCUCUUCUUAAAAAUAGGCCAGCAAACAAGUUAGAAAUAUGGGAAGAUUUAAAGAUAAUAAGUUUCACAAGAAGCAUCGUAGCUGUAUAUAGUACCUGUAUGCUAGUAGUUCUUUUGCGAGUCCAGUUAAAUAUUAUUGGCGGUUACAUCUACCUGGAUAAUGCUGCACUCUGCAAAAACGGCACAACACCACUAGCUCCCCCUGAAGUUCAGCAGCAAUAUUUAUCAAGCAUUCAGCACCUUCUAGGAGACGGACUGACUGAGUUGAUAACUAUUGUUAAACAAGCUGUGCAUAAAGUGUUUGGAAGUAUUUCCCUUAAGCACACCCUGUCUCUUCUGGAGCUGGAACAGAAACUUAAAGAUAUCAGGAAAGUAGUGGAACAUAAAGAUUCAGAUCAGAUUGCACCCUACUCUCCCUUAUGUCACUACCUGAUGCCAGAUGAAGAAAACCCCUUGGCUACCCAGGCCUGUGGACUCACAGAAAGAGACAUUGCUACAAUUAAAUUACUUAAUGAAACUAGAGAUAUGCUAGAAAGUCCAGACUUCAGUACAGUUUUGAGCACAUGUUUAAAUAGAGGAUUCAGUCGACUGCUGGACAAUAUGGCAGAGUUUUUUAGACCUACUGAACAGGACCUCUCUCAGAAUGGUUCCGUAAAUAGUCUUUCCAGUGUCAGUCUUCCUUUAGCCAAGAUAAUUCCAAUCAUAAAUGGACAGAUCCAUUCAGUAUGCAGUGAAACACCAAGUCACUUUGUUCAGGACCUGUUGAUGAUGGAGCAAGUGAAAGAUUUUGCUGCUAAUGUUUAUGAAGCUUUUAGUACCCCUCAGCAACUAGAGAAAUGAACUGCACAUUUAUAGGAAUAGAUCGUGUAUUUAUAACAAAUCCCUUGUGACUACUGAUGCGACCUGGGUUAAUUUUAUAAUGGUGUAGGAGCUGUAGACCAUCAGAAGGAACAUUCUGAAAAAAGUGGGAGUGAGCCUGUAUUUGUUCUAAUAGAAUUCUGUUUCAAAUGCCCAUUAAAAAUAUUCUUGUUGAAAGAAUCAUUGUAUGUAAAGACUUUUCUAUUAAAGUGGUUAAACUCUUCCAUAAUUCAUUGGAUUAUUUUUAUUGCAUCUGAAAGACAUCUGGUGGCAGCAUUACAACAAGUUACUAAAAAAACCCCUUUGUUUGCCUGGGGUGUGUAAGUUUUGGAAAAAGCUUAUGAUAGUGAUCUAAGAAUAGCCUGGAGUAGCAGAAUGAAGUAAGGCUUCUUCCUUCUUCUUAUCCCAAAUUUUUUCUUUUUAUAAGGGAAAACUUUUUUUCCUUAACUUUACAAAUGUUAUUCCAAAGAGUCUGUCAUUCUUCAGAAAGCCUUUGCCAACUCUCUUGAACAAGCUGGCGGGGGGGGGGAGGGUUGCUCUCUCUGUUACUUAAUACUAAAGGAACAUGGAUUUUUAGAAGUUCUCUUGUUUAUGCUGUUCAAACAGCUACACUGUACACAUUAACUUGUAAAUAUUUUAUCUUAAUUUGUAUUAAUUUUGAGCCCAAUUGUCUGUAUUGUAAUAAAAUAUUUUAAUGUAAAAUUUGUGUGUGUAUUAACAUUACCUUUCCUGCUAGUAAUGACCUCCCUUGGCCCAUCACUUAAACUCUUGACAGAGUUGAAAGAAUAAAUUUAACUUACACAGUAAUAGUUUUGCACCUAUUAACAUUACUCAGGAAAAACAAACCUUUUAUCUCUACAUCAAAAUAAUUCAUGUUUUUUGUUGCCCUAUACCAUCCCCUCUCUGCAAAGUCCACACUGCAGGUCUGUCCCUACAGAUCUUGAUGCGUCAGGAGUUUGGCAAUUUUUCAAGUUGGAUGCAACCUCCCCUCUGCUUAAAAUGUCACCUCCCUGGCAACCCCUGAUUGCUUCUCUUAAAAAAAUGUCAGUCAUUGAACUAUAUGUUUUGUUUAAUAGUCCACAGAAGGCACCCUGGUAACUGUAAAAACAAGUGCUGUAAACAAGAGUCAGCUUUAACCAUGUAAAAUUAUACCAAACAGCAAAUAAAAAACCCUCCCACUUUACUUCUAUCCCAGUAAUGGAUAGAACUACUUAAGAGUAGGAACAGGUAAAAAUCAGUGACAUGCACAAUGAGAGAUGAAGCUGUACAUCCAUUUGUGAUGAAUUCCUAACCCCUACAGGACUGUUCUUGCAGGUACCUCACCCGCCUCAGCUGAAGCUGCCAGCUGUUGCACACAACUGGAAAAAGUUUUAUUCUUUCCUCUGAAACAGAGUUUUU